AUGUCAGAUGGAAGUAGUGGCGAAGAGCAGCGAGGUGGGGCAGCUCCGCACGGUGAGCAGGAACUGGCGAGUAAGAUGCUGCAAGUUCAGAGUAAACGAUUUUAUGUGGACGUAAAGCAGAAUAACCGAGGACGUUUCAUCAAACUUGCUGAGGUUGGUUUGGGUGGUCGUAAAAGUCGUUUGAUUCUCUCGAUGACAGCAGCUGUGGCGUUCCGCGAUCAUCUGGAUAAAUUCGUGAAGUUCUUCGAUGGACUUGCGAGUGGAGAGGAGCCGAACGUUGGUGAGAAUGGUCAGCUGAAGUCUGAGAUUAUCAUCUACGAGUCGCGACGUUACUACUUGGAUUUGAGGGAGAAUCAGAGAGGUCGUUAUUUGCGUGUUUCGCAGACAGUGUCACGUGGCGUUCCAGGUGUACGCUCACAGAUAGCAUUACCGGCUCCAGGGAUGACACAGCUCCGUGAUGCACUCAAAGAAUUGCUCGACAAGUAUGGUGAAGGAUAUCUGAAUGAGGUAGAUGCAGACAUAGAACUACCGGAACCAAAGCAAGUACGUGCUGAGAACAACAAAUUAUUCUACUUUGAUGUGGGACAUAAUGAGCGUGGAACAUUUGUUAGAAUCUCUGAGGUGAAACAAAUCUCUGGACAUCGUUCUUCGAUCGCAGUGCCACAAAGCUCGUGGGGUGCAUUCCGUGAUGUUUUAGGUGAGUUGUUGGACAAAAUGAAUGCACCGAAGAAUGGUGAUGGUGCAAACAAAGAUUCUGGAGCUGGUAGUGGCACAGAGCAACCUGCAAGUGCAGAGACUGGUGAAGCUGAAGCCCAAGGUUUAAGUAUGGAUAACGGUGAAAAUUGGCCAGUUGAAAGUUUGGUGGAUGGUGCUCGACUGGGCGUGCGGAUGAGUGGCACUGAUGAAUUUCGUGAUGCGGAAAUUCUGUCGAUACGAGCCGGUUCAGGCGAGCGUAAAUAUCGUUUCUACGUUCACUAUUUGGAGUGUAAUCGACGACUGGAUGAAUGGGUUGAUGACAGCGCAUUGGACCUGAGCUGUGUGAGAUUCCCUCAGAAAGGAGGCAAGAUCCAGAAGACACAAAUAGAAACUGCAUCAAGUUCACGAGCUUCCUCGGUGGAACGAGAACCACCAACGAAAAAAGGUGGUAGUCGGAAAAGGAAACAGAUCACGGAUGCGAUGGAGUGUCUGAAGGUGGAAGAGCCAAAUAUACGUGCAUCGUCACCGGUUUCGGUGGUUAGCGAUAGACCAGCGCCGAGUCAGAGAGGUUCGAUGUCGAUGGUUGGUCACAGUGAGGACGCUUUGACACGAAUCCGGAAUAUUGAAAUGAUUGAACUUGGCAGAUAUCGUAUGCAGCCGUGGUACUUCUCACCAUAUCCGCAAGAACUAACCACCCUCCCUUGUAUAUAUCUUUGCGAAUUUUGUUUGAAAUUCCUCAAAAGUGUUACGUGCUUGAAAAGACACAUGAAGAAAUGUCAUUUGAAGCAUCCACCAGGUAACGAAAUUUAUCGAUCUGAAUCGCUGUCAUUCUUUGAGAUUGAUGGACGCAAAAAUAAGACUUAUGCACAGAAUUUGUGUCUGCUUGCAAAGUUGUUUCUGGAUCACAAAACACUCUACUAUGAUACAGACCCUUUCUUGUUCUACGUGAUGACCGAGCAAGAUGAUCGUGGAUUUCAUAUUGUUGGAUACUUUUCGAAGGAGAAAGAGUCUGCUGAAGAGUACAAUGUAGCAUGUAUUUUGGUGUUACCGCCCUAUCAGAAGAAAGGUUACGGUAGACUGCUGAUCGAAUUCAGUUAUGAGUUGUCGAAAUGUGAAGGCAAAACUGGAUCGCCUGAGAAACCUCUGUCAGACUUGGGAUUUUUAUCGUAUCGAAGUUUUUGGUCACAAACUAUAAUCGAAAAACUGAUAAAACGUCGAGAAAAGUGUGAUCCAUGUGAGCAGUUGUGCGUGUCGGUGAAUGAUCUGAGUGAGGAGACGAGUAUACGCAAAGAGGAUAUCAUUUCUACGUUGCAACAUUUGAAUCUGUACAAAUAUUACAAAGGACAGUACGUGAUAGUGCUGAGUAAUGAGUUAUUAGAAGCACAUCAGCGCAGAAAUCGUGAAAAGAAACAAGUACGCAUUGAUCCUGCAAAACUUCAUUUUCAACCGAAAGAUUGGUCUAGACGCAGAAUUUGA